AUGUCAUCGCCAGAGGUCAUUAAGCUUGUAGUUAUAGGUGAUGGUGCUGUCGGAAAGACUUGUCUUCUGAUCAGUUAUGCCAACAACCGUUUCCCAGAAGAUUAUAUUCCAACAGUGUUCGAUAACUACGUAGUCAAUCUCACAGCAGGUGAUAGGAAUAUCGAGCUUGGACUUUGGGAUACUGCCGGUCAGGAGGAGUACGACAAACUCAGACCACUGAGCUAUGCCAAUGCUAAUGUAUUUCUAAUAUGCUUUUCAAUCACAAACCCAGUCUCCUACGAAAACGUAUUGACAAAGUGGUACCCAGAGGUAUUGCAUUUCUGUCCAGAGGUUCCACAGAUUCUGGUCGGAACCAAGUUGGAUACUCGUGACGACAGGACUAUUAUCGAGAAGCUCGAAUCACAGGGACAGAGACCAAUCUCAACAGAGCAGGGUAACGAGCUGGCUAGAAAGAUCAAGGCUGUUAAAUACAUGGAGUGUUCUGCCAAGACCUCAUUACAUCUUAAGCAGGUGUUUGACGAAGCUAUCAAGUCAGUACUGUUCAUGAAGAAGAAGAAGAGAACUAGAUGUCUUCUUCAAUAA